GUCGCUCAGCAAAUCCAACGAGGGGGCUUAGAACUCUUGGCGCCGUAUCCUGGUCAGGGGUAAUUGGCUUGAGGAUGAGGGCGCUAAAGUCGACUCCGCCGACUCCUUCGUUUCCAUGCGUUUUGACUUUCUUGGAUCUCUGGGUUUGUGGUGUUUACUUUUUGAUAUACUAUCAAGAUCGGUCAACUCACCCGUACCACCACCAACGGAAAUUCUCAUAUAGAAUUACAAUAUACAUACAAUACAUACAGGGAAUCCAAGAACCAGACCAAAUGAAUCUCCUUAUCCUCCUCCUCUUCUCCAUCCUCCCCACCCACGCCCAAAACGCAACAUGCUACUUCCUCGACGGCAGCGUCGCAGCCUCAGACGUGCCCUGCACCUCCGACGCGACCACCAACUGCUGCAACAAGAACGACAUCUGCAUGUCCAACGGCCUGUGCUAUCUGCAGGGUUCGCACGGCAUGGCGCUCUCCCGGGGAAGCUGUACGGAUAAAUCGUGGGGGGCGCGGUGUUUUGCGCCGUGUUGUAUGUUUCUUUCUUUCUUCUUUCUUCGAUAUUCUCCGUGAUAUAUCCAUAUACCCCCAAGUCUAGUCUAUCUAUCCUAGUCUAGCCCAGGUUUCUUGGGUGGGAC